AUGCGACAUGAUCUAGACGAAGAGAUGGAGCAGCUCGAAUCUGGUAAAAGUCACGAGAGUCAGGAGAGACAGAUUACGCAACGUCAGCUUGGCACGGAGCGCAAAAGGUGUGCUGCACGAGGGAAAAGGCUUCGCGUUGUACGUCUGCAACUCGCGGAACUUGACGCCGUUGACAGAGCUACGAUUAUGCGGUCGAAGACAAUGGAUAUGAGUCUGGCUGAAGCAGUGGAGGGACUCCAAGAUGAUCUGGCUGUGCAGGCGCAUAUUCUCGCUCUAGUUUGUAGGCGAGAUCGUGGAGCAAAUACCACUACCACGAAGGAUAUGUGGAAGUCGCUUGCGGAUGGCCUUGUCCGCGAUCAGAAGAAAAAGAGUCAAAUGUUGGUGAUGCAGAAGCUGGAGCACGAAGUCCAGACGGAAAAGCAGGAGACUGAGAAGGACCGGGACAAGAUUGUUCGUCUGCAGCGUGCAAUCUUGUUCAUGGUGCGUGAUGGUCCGAAGAAGGAGAAGCUUGCUGGUGUUUUGGAGGAGUUGGUUAGUGGUCAGUGUUCGAGAAGGGAGUCUGCGGUGAUGGAAGCAUCAUCAGGCAACAAAAUCCCGAAUCCGAGGCAGGCACGUCUGACGGUGUCGACAUCGGAGGAACGCAAAGCUGAUACAGUGGGACUGAUCGAUGGAAACGAGGCGAAGCGCAAGAAGGUCAGAGGAAUCAGGCCUUCCUGGGCUUAUUGUAUGAGCGAGCAGAGAAUGGAUGAUCUGACGAAUGUACAGCCGCAUUCUUUGCUUUCCGACGACGACAUGGUAUCAGCACGCGCUAGUGCCGGGUCAGACAAUUCGUCUGACGAGCUUGAGACCCAGAAUGUGCCUUCAGCGGCUGCGAAAGCUGGGAACGAUAGUUCACCGCGGAUUAAGCUGGCCGCUUCACAGUCCGCCGACAUGAUGAACAGGGCUCCCACGGCUCAGAGCGCCGCCCCCUCCCUCAAAUCCUCCUCCAUCGACUUCACCACCUCCCGCGUGUCCUCCAUCGACACCAUCACCUUGCCCGCCCAGAAUCUCCCUACCAACUGGAACACCAGCCAAACCAUCCUCAACAACUAG